AUGUUCGGCCGUCAGUCACAAACUCAGUUCCCCAAGCGAAGCAGCUCAGGCUAUUCGUGGCCCGAGAGCGACAGCGAAGACGACAUCGUCAUCAGGCCCUGCGCCACGAACGAAAAGGCCGAUGCCACCGUCACCAUGACCGAGUGCGUUCCGGGUCCGACGGCGGUGGAACAGACUUCUCAGGCCAGACCCUCCCUCAGCGGCCGCCGCGCCUCCGCUGAGGACAUCAACCUGCAAGAGCUUUGGGAGUGCAUGCUUGAGCUCCAGCAACAAUAUCACUGCUACAACUCGACGCGCAUGGAAAUCGCUGCCGACAGGGAGGAUGCUAUGGAUAUGAUGCCCACCAAGUACUGCAUGGACAUGCUCAACGACUCCAUCGAGUCCCUCCCCGAAGAGGGCUGGAAGAAGCUCAGCAAGUUCCUCAUCACCGACCUCGAGCACGCCCAAAAGUCGCAAAAGUGGAAGUUCUGGAAGCACCUCUAG